UGUGGAGCCGUCGAGAACGCGGAACAUUCGCAUCCGUCGAUUUCCGCCGGAAUCUAGCGAUCAAUUUGCCAGUAAUUAGCCAAGUGAACAAGUGAAUUUUCACGCAGAUCGCGACCUGCAACUUUGUGGUGCGAAAGUUACGAAACUGCGUGUUGCACUUACUCGUACAAGUUGCAACACCCAACAAUUUGCAACAGCAGCGCCACCAGAAAAAUUAAAACUAUUAAUAAACCGGGCGAAGGGUGAACAAAUUCUGAUGUGUGGCCCCAAAUCUGAAAUCAAAAGGCGCAAGUGAACAAUAUUGAAAUGCGCAGAAUGCCGAGUGACUAAGUGGGAAAGCCUCGCAGAAAUAGUUUGGCGCAUGAAUGAAUGCUCGUGGCUCCCACAGCGUACAUAGCUUAUAGCGAGUAUAGCCGGCACAUUUCCCCUAGUUACACAGACAGAAAUAACCAGACGGAUCCGGAAAGACCGCAUAUUGUACAGCCGAAACAGCGCACACCUUCCCGGCUGAUCCCCAUCCGAUCCCAGAGAUCCAAUAGAUCCAAGAGAUCCAAGAGCUAGUGCUAGAGCAGUGACCAGCAUGGAUAAUUGGAAUGUUUUGGCAGCGCAAACCUCCUCGCAGGCCAUCGGACUCCACGACUCGGGCGUGGUGAAGACCCGACUGACCAUCGAGAAGCUGCCCGACAAGGUGCUGCUGCACAUCUUCUCGUACCUGUCGCACCGCGAGAUCUGCCGCCUGGCGCGGAUCUGCCGUCGAUGGCGCCAGAUUGCCUACGACACGCGCCUCUGGAAGAACGUGAGCCUGCGGCCGGAGGUCUCGGGUCUGCACGUGGGCUCCCUGGAGAUGCUGCUGCAGCUGAUCUCGGUGAGAUUUGGGCCGACGCUGCGCUACAUCGAGCUGCCCAUCGAGCUGAUCACGCACACGGUGCUCCACGAGCUGUCCGCCAAGUGCCCCAAUCUGACGCACAUGCUGCUGGACUUCUCCACAGCCAUGCAGCUGCACGACUUCAGCGAGAUGCAGGCCUUUCCCACCAAGCUGCGCUACAUGUGCGUCUGCCUGUCGGAGGUGAUCUUCAUGGAGGGCUUCAUGCGCAAGAUCUACAACUUCAUCAACGGCCUGGAGGUGCUGCACCUGAUCGGCACCUACGAGAAGUGCGAGGAGGAGGAGGAGGAGAUCUACGAGGUGAUCAACGUGCACAAGCUCAAGUCGGCCACGCCCAAUCUGCGUGUGAUCAAUCUGUACGGCAUCAACUUCAUCGACGACUCGCACAUCGACGCCUUCAGCUCCAACUGCAUCCAGCUGGAGUGCCUGGCCGUCAACUUCUGCAACAAGGUGACCGGCUCCACCCUGAAGACCCUCAUCCAGCGCUCCAAGCGCCUCACCUGCCUGCUGAUGAACGGCACCAGCCUGAAGUCCGAGUUCGUCAUGCAGGCCGAGUGGGACAAGUGCGCCCUGCAGGAGCUGGACAUCACGGCCACGGAUCUGUCGCCCGAGUGCCUUGUGGACAUGCUGACCAGGAUCCCCAGCCUCAAGUUCCUGUCGGCCGGCCAGAUCAAUGGCUUCAACGACGGCGUUCUCAAGCAGUGGAUGGAGUCGGGCACCACCAGAUCCCUCAUUUCGCUGGACCUGGACUCCUCGGACAACAUCUCGGAUGAGGGCCUGCUCAAGUUCAUCCAGCGCCAGGGUCACCAGCUGAGCGCCUGCUGCCUCUCGGGCAUGCCGCACAUCACCGACCAGUUGUGGAUGAGCAUCCUGCCCCUGCUGGGCAACUGCAAGAUCAUUGUCAUGGGCACCGCGGAGAAGCUGGGCGUCAACAUCCACGUGGACCAGCUGAUGGACACCAUUGCCUCGAACUGCGGCAACUUGGAGCGCCUGGAGCUGCGCUGGGAUCCGGACAACCUGCGCUUCUCCGACAAGAGCCAGAAGGCCAUCGAUAUUCUGCGCGUCAAGUGCCUCAAGCUGCGCUGCAUGGUGCUCAGCGAUGGUCGCUACUACGAGACGGUCAAGGCGAACUUCGAGCGCGCCGAUCGCAUCACCGUGGUCCGCACCACCACCUGUUGCCGCGUGUCGCCCUACCACCUGCUGCGCAACUACAACGACUUGAUUUUCAACUGAGGAGAGCGUUUCAGAGCUGAAAGGCAAAAGAGUGGAUUGAGCUCUGGAAGGGAAGGCAAUGGAAUGGAAUGGAAUGACCCACACUCGUAGUCAAAAGGCGGCACAAGCCAUGUUUCUGUGUGUUUUCGCUUACAUUAGACUGUUUUAAUGUUUUCUGUAUUUUCCGCUUCUUUCGUUUAAUUACUUUAAAUCUAAAUAAACGUACAUAGGUAAUUUAAAUAAAAACAAAA